AUGAUCGCACAAGACUGUCCCAAGCGCAAAUGGGUUGGUCGCAUAUGCGAGCAAAGUCGGCUGGUUGAUCUUCGGAAUCAUAAGCGAAAACAGCAAGGCAGAAGACCUUUAUUGUCGGUGACAGUGGACGUCCAGAAGCCGAUGACAGACUUCAAAGAAUUUUGGAGUCUGGAGCAUAUGGGGAUAACCCAACAAGAGAAGUCAGAGCCCGAAGUUCUUGAGGCAUAUCAGGAUACGAUCCAACGGACCGACGAUGGGAGAUACAUGGUGUUGUUCCCCAUCAAAAUUGGCUAUCGGAGGAUCGAAUCCAAUCGGAACAUAGGCCUGAUACGGUUGCGUGGGCUAUUAGCCAAAACACAGCUCGAAUACAAGUUGAAAUACCACGAAAUAUUUCAGCAAUAUCUCCGGGACGGGUUCACCGAAGAAGUGGACCGAGAAUUUGUUGGACCGAAUCUGAACCCGGAAGUGUUUGCUGUCCUGUUGCGGUUCCGACCGAAUCGGAUAUCCUGGACAGCCGAUAUCACUCAGGCAUUCCUCCAAGUGGGGAUUCGCCUGGAGCACGGGCAAUUCAUUCGGUUCUUCUGGAUUUAUGACCUUAGAAGGGCAGAGCCCAGACUGAUCGAGUAUCGAUGGAAAAGAAUGCCGUUCGGGUUGUCAUGCAGCCCGUUCAUCCUCAAAGCCGUCAUAUUGAAACAUCUGAAGUACUUUGAGAAAGAGUACCCAAAGACCGUGAGGCAGUUACAACAGCAGUUGUACGUGGACGACUGGUUAGAAGGAGAAAUGUCAGUGGAAGAGGCAGAGAAAAGUAUUCGCGAAGAGAAUACAAUUUUUGAAGCCGCAAAGAUAGAACUAUGUAAAUGGACCGCCAACAGCGCAGAGCUAGUAGAAAGACUGCCGGAGAUCCAGUUAAAAGAGACGUUCACGAGUGUGGCAGCUGAAAAUAAAUCAGCAACAAAGACCCUAGGUGUAAUCAAGGACCCAGCGCCGGACAAAUUCAGGUCCGGCGAAAGUUCUUAG